CAAAAGGUUCAUUCCUCCCACGUGACUUUCACGUGACCACUACAUAUCUACGUGGUCUCUCUUUCUCUCUCUAGAAAAAAACGUCUGAUCAACCACGAUGCUCCCACGACUCCUCUUCCUCUUACUACAAUGAUUCCUCGCCGGAGCAUCAACAACGCCGCCGUCGAAUUCCACCGUCUCCGCCGUAUUAACCGCCGCGUCAAUAUUUCAUUUCAAUUACGUUUUUAAAACUCUCCGAUAUGGUUAACAAACGCGUUCCCGAUUGGCUCAACAGCUCACUUUGGUCUUCUCCAGCUCCACAACAAUCGUCAGCUCAACCUCCGUCACCGUCACCGUUAAAUGAAGAUAACGCCGUUAAAGUUUCUGGUUCAGCUAGUGGUGACGAUAACGCCGUUAAAGCUCCGGUUGUGAUUAGAGCAGAGAGUAAGCACGCGCCUACACGCGCUAACAAAGCGGAAACUAGAGAUCCUUUGGGUUGUAGUAGUGGUAAUUGUUAUCAUAGUGAUGAUGAAAAUGGAAGUUCGGCUAGUAGUACGACGUCGUCGGCUGCUGCGGCGGCGGCGGCGGCGGUUUCUUCAGCUGAGGAUAUUUCUCGUCAGGCUCAGCUUUUUCAAGAGCUGUCAAGAAAGAUUAUAAAUAUGGGAGAAGUAAGGAAGCUAGCAUCACAAGGAAUACCAGAUGGCGCUGGCAUUCGUGCUACAGUGUGGAAGCUACUAUUGGGAUAUUUGCCAACUGAGAAAGCAUUAUGGCCAACUGAGUUGGCUAAAAAGAGGUCUCAAUACAAGAAUUUUAAAGAGGAGCUUUUGAUGAAUCCUUCGGAGAUUACGAGGAAGUUGGAGAAGUCGGUAAUUCUUGACGAUGAAGGAACAGUGAUAGAGGACAAGGGUGAACUCCCAAGAUCAGAGAUAACCCAAGGAGAGCAUCCUUUAAGUCUUGGGAAGAAUAGCAUCUGGAAUCAGUUCUUCCAGGACACAGAAAUAAUCGAACAGAUUGAUCGAGAUGUCAAGCGCACACAUCCAGACCUGCACUUUUUCUCAGGGGACACACCAUUUGCAAAAUCUAACCAGGAUUCUCUGAGGAAUAUACUCAUUAUUUUUGCCAAACUGAAUCCUGGUAUAAGAUAUGUGCAAGGGAUGAAUGAAAUAUUGGCUCCGCUGUUCUAUGUAUUCAAGAACGACCCCAACGAGGAAAAUGCAGCUUCUGCAGAAGCAGACACUUUCUUCUGCUUCGUGGAGCUAUUGAGUGGAUUUCGUGAUCAUUUUUGUCAGCAACUUGAUAAUAGUGUUGUUGGAAUUCGUUCUACAAUUACAAAGCUAUCACAGUUUCUGAAAGAACAUGAUGAGGAGCUCUGGCGGCAUCUUGAAAUGACAACCAAAGUGAAUCCACAGUUCUACGCAUUCAGAUGGAUAACACUUCUACUAACACAAGAAUUCAAUUUUCCGGACAGUCUGCUAAUAUGGGACACACUACUAAGCGAUCCUGAAGGACCUCUGGAAACGCUGCUUCGAGUCUGCUGUGCUAUGUUGAUUAUUGUGCGGAGGCGUCUACUUGCUGGAGAUUUCACCUCUAAUUUGAAGCUACUGCAAAAUUAUCCAUCCACAAAUAUCAGUCACCUCCUCUAUGUAGCCAAUAAACUACGAGUUAAAUCAGGCUAAAAUUACGAGGUUUUGGUUGUCCAGAAUAAUUCACUGUAUUUCUUGAUAUUGUCAUGUUAGAAUGUAAAUGUCUGAUCAAUUCCGUAAUCAGUAGUAGGCAUCUACAACCCCCUCCCCUUCCUCCCUCUCCCUUCUCUCGUCGAUCAUUUGCCUUGCAUUUUGUUGCGAGUAGAUUCAAAAUAGAAUGUAUGGUUUGUUCUCGUGUUUA